AUGGAGGGUCCGCCUAUGGCUAUGGUGUGCUACUCGAUGGGGGCAAUCAACUCCCUUGUCGAGAGGAUCACCCCACUAGUGGAGAACCAUCCCAUGACUGAGCACUUGCUGCAAGAUCUCCAGAGCCUUAGAGCUGAGUUCAUGAACAAAUUUGCCGGAGGACGGGCCACGGCUGAGCAAGUCAAGGUGUGGAUGAAGCAGGUCCGGGAGAUGGUCUACGACAUAGAAGACUGGAUUGAUCUGAAGACGGAUUUCAGCGAAUCGGACAUGAAACAAAUUGAAGAAUUCAAGGGCGAGAUCCAGGAAGCUCGAAGCCGCUGCGAAAGGCACGAGCUUCUGAAGCAAGCCCCUACUUCUGACGCAGAACCUGUUUAUGCUGGACCUAGAGAAGUACCCGGCCGUAGAUUGUUCUGGGAGGAGAAGCCUGUCCUCGUUGGCCUGAAUCAUUCAAAACUAGAGAUUUUAAAUCAUCUGGAGAACGAUCAGAAGGAGCUGAAGGUGGUUUCCGUACACGGAAGGGGAGGCCAUGGCAAGACUGUUCUUGCUAAGGAGAUAUAUGGAGACAUCUGUAUUAAAGGGCAGUUCGAGUGCAAAGCUUUUGUUUCUGUCAGUCGGAACUCAUCGACGAGGACCACACUAAUCGAAAUACUCCGCCAAGUGAAGUCGGAGGUGGAUGCUUGGCAAUCCUGGAGCAGCAACGACGAACUGCUCAAUGAAAUCAUCACUGAACUUUGGGGAUUCUUACGCACCAAGAGGUAUUUCAUCUGCAUCGAUGACAUCCGGAGUACACAAGAUUCAGAUGUUAUUAUUUGUGCUUUGCCUGAUAAUGAUCUUGGAAGUCGGAUAUUGACAACAACGCGCAUGGAGGAUAUUGCCAUAUCAUGCUCUAGACGUCCCGAUGAUGUUGUUUAUGAGAUGAUCCCUCUUGACGAGACUGAUUCCAAAAGCUUAUUUUGCAAUAGUGUAUAUGUUCAAGAACAAGAAUGGCCAGAUCAUUUCAAAGAAUCUUCGAAGAAAAUGUUUGAAGUGUGUGGUGGCCUGCCAUUGGCCAUAAUUGUUACAGCGGGUUUUUUAGGGAGGACAUCAGCUGAACUGUCGUUGCAGUCAGAAAAGCUUAACAAAACAAUUUUAUCAGAAACCGAUCAAUUUUAUUCCGAGUCACAAGCAAUGAGAAAGAUACUGGACAUCAGUUUUGCUGAUCUACCUCUGCCUCUGAAGUCUUGCUUCUUGUAUUUGACUGCUUUUUCAGGAAAUUAUGACAUCAUCAAGAAGGAUCGUCUGGUAAGAAGAUGGGUAGCUGAAGGACUUAUCCCUGAAAGGCAUGGAAAAAGUUCAUGGGAAACAGGGGAGAGCUUCUUUGAUGAGCUUAUCAGUAGGAGGCUGAUCCAACCGGCCUUUGAUGGCAAUGAUGAUCAGCCAAUUGGUUGCACUGUUCAUGGUGUUGUAUUUGAUUUCUUGGAGUCUUUGUCAUCCGAAGAAAACUUUAUUACACCAGGUGAAGAGUUGAAGUCUGGACUAUUUCCUUGUGAAACGGUUCGGCGAGUCAGUCUCGACUGUGGUGAUGAAGACGAAGGUGACACCUUGAUCUCAAACACAUAUUGUCUUUUCGAGCAGAAGAGUUUGGUGUCCUCAAGCUGUGCUGAAGAAGAAGAAGAAGACGAUGCAAUCUUUUUGCAAUUAUCUAGGGUGCGGUCCCUUGCAUUUUCUGGUGAUGCUGGAAGGAGGAUCCCUGAUCUUUCUGCCUUCAAACAUUUGCGGUUGCUGGAUCUUGAGGGUACCAAGGGCUUGGAGAACAAACGAUUGGAAGGCAUUGGACAUUUGUCUCUGCUGAGGUACUUAGGACUUGGCGGGACUGAUGUCACCAAGCUGCCCCAACAAAUCAUGGAACUUGAGCAAUUGGCUACCCUGGAUUUAAGGCGAACAAGAGUGAGAAGAUUACCAGUACUGUGUAGAGACACAAAGCUGGUAUCUCUGCUCGCCGAUGAAUUGGCAAUCACGCCGAGAGAAAUGAGGAGAAUGCAAAAUUUGGAGGAACUAUCAAAAGUUCUUACGGGUCCUGAUGGGGCAUUUGCUUCGGAACUAGCAGGGCAUGUUAAUAAGUUGGGACCUUUGAGGAUGCUUGGGAUAAGAUUUAGUCGUAUGCAGAGUCAUAGCGCAGCUGAUCGACAGGGAGUGAUGCGUCUCCUUGAGGAGCUGAGGAAAUCAAACCUGCAGUCCCUUUUACUUGAUAAUUACCCUCAUCCUCUGCUUGACUUACUGGUUGAUUCAUCAGCCCACAACCUGCAAAAAUUUGAGCUGAGAAUACGCGGCUGCCUCCCGCAAGUUCCACAGGAGAUAGCAUCUCUCAUAGCCGUCACGCACCUGCAUAUCAAUGUUGAAGCAGUAGAAGCACAAGGUGUCCGUGCCCUGGGGAGCUUGCCUAACUUGGUCGUCCUGAGACUAGAUUUGAAUAGCAGUCCAAGCAUGACCGUGAGUAGCAAUGAUGGCUUUCAGUGCCUCAAGUCAUUAUGGUGUAACAGUCAGUAUGGUGGUGGGAAGGGCAUGCAGUUUGAAGCUGGAGCCAUGCCACAGCUCCGAAGGCUUCGGCUAGAACUCGAUGCCCGGGGAACAAGGUCCAAACAUGAUGAUUUCGAUAUCGGUAUCCAGCAUCUACCUUCUCUCGUGCAGGUCCAUGCAACCAUUGACUGGACGAAUACUGCUUUAACGGCUUCAGAGGUUGAGGCCGCUGAGAACCAGAUCAGAGAACAAGUAUCUCGGAGCCCCAACAAUCCGGUACUGGAAUUGAACAGAAGACGGCAGCGGUAUAUUGCCAAGCCAUUGGAGGAGUUGGUGAUCACUGUCAACAGCCUUCAGGAGUGGGGCAAACAGAUCGACCACAGAAAGCUGGUGGUGGUUCAUUUCUCCGCGGGGUGGUGCGGAGCAUCCCGCAAGAUCACUCCUGUCUUUGCUGAUCUAGCCAAGAAGUUCCAAAAUGUUGUUUUCUUGAAGGUCGAUGUCGAUGUUGAUGAAAUGGAGACUGUUGCUAAGGAAUUCAGUGUUAAGGGCGUGCCAACCUUCCUGUUCAUGAAGGGGGGCUCCGUUAAGGACAGGGUUGUUGGCGCAGACAAGGAAGAGCUGGAGGAGGUGCUUCAGGAGCAGGUUGACCUGAUGUGA